AUGGCGAUCAUCACAGUUGGAGUGGCUGGAAUCACUGGCAAGUUUUCCAGACGUCUUGUCUCUCACCUCCUCAAGCAGCCUGAUGUUACCAUCCGGGGAUAUUGCCGUGAUCCCAGCAAGGUGCCAGAGGCCAUCUCGUCGUCGUCGCAGGUCACUCUGUUCAAAGGCGAUGCUUUAGACAAAGACGCGGUCAGCACGUUUGCCAAGUCAUGCGUCGUGAUCGUGUGCUGCUACCUCGGUGAUGACAAGCUCAUGGUGGAUGGACAAAAGUUGCUAAUUGACGCCUGCGACGAGUUUGAUGUACCUCGUUACGUUGCCAGUGACUGGGCGCUGGAUUAUACCAAGCUCAAGCUCGGCGAGCUGUUCCCCAAGGACCCGAUGAUUCAUGUCAAGGCCUAUCUUGAGACUAAGAAGGUGCAAGGGUCCCACACUUUCCGCUUUUGGGGUUCAGGCGAUGAAGUGAUGGAGGGAACAACUUACGACAACGCCGCAGAGUUUACCGCUGCGGUCACGGUAGAUGAGAAGGCGACUGGUGUCGUGAAGUUCCUUGGUGGCCGGGCUACAAUCCACGAGAUCGCAGCGUCUUUCGAAAAGAUCUACGGAAUCAAGCCUACCUUACAAAGUCACGGCUCCCUUGACGCCUUGUAUAAAAUUAUGUACGAGAAACGCGAGAAGAAUCCGGCGGAUAUCUAUGGUUAUAUGUCGCUGUUCUAUUAUUACUACUGGGUCAAUGGCCAGACUUUCCUUGGUACGGAGCUAGACAAUGAGCGAUACGCAGAGGUCAAGCCCAUUAACUGA